AUGGGCAGUACAGUAAUACGAUUUGGAUAUAUGGAGAGUCCUGUGGGAUAUUACCAGCACAGAGCUUUCUCCCCUGCGAUACGACAAAUGAUAUGCAUAUUUCCAUUUGAAAGAUUGAAAUUAGUAACAGAAAAUCAAAAUUCGAUGCUUGAAAAAGACAUCCAAAAAUUGAACGGCGUGAAAGAUAUCACUGUUCACGUUGGAACAACCCAACUGAAAUCAGGUGGAGAAUCCUACGCAGUGCAGAAAAUCGUCGCACAUAGCGGGUUCAGUUCGACCCGCCUUGUUAACGACGUUGCUGUGAUUCGCGUGGACAGGGACAUCAAGUUCAGCAACUUGGUGAAACCAAUCAGUUUGGCUACCAGCGGCACCUUCGAAGGAUCACCAUGCGUCUUGACUGGAUGGGGAACCACACGUUUGGGAGGAAAUGUACCAAACAACUUACAAAUGAUCGACUUGGUCAUUGAAACCCAGGAAAAAUGCAAGAAGGCUCACUGGAGAGUAGAGAGCUCUCACAUCUGCACCUACACUAAAGUCGGCGAAGGUGCAUGCCACGGUGACUCUGGCGGUCCUCUCGUUGUCCACGGCGUCCAAGUUGGUAUCGUUUCCUACGGCCAACCUUGUGCUGUCGGCAAACCUGACGUAUACACAAGAGUAUCGUCCUUCGUACCUUGGAUCAAGAACCAGCAAAGCUUCCUGAGCCAGGACCUCGAAGUGGCGCCACAAGACGCGAUCUACAUUGCUUAAGCCUGCUCCUAUAACGUUUCCCUCACAAAUUAUUGAGAAUAAUUCAAUUUUCCCCGUUCAAAUGUUCAAAAAAGUAAUAUAAACCCGUUGUAUUGAACCUUUCUUCCUUUUUUGGA